CCGUGACGUCAGGGUUUGGCGACUUCGCACAUGCGCACCGAUGCCCAGCGCUGAUGCAAGAAAUAUCCCUGAGCAGACGUGUGGAAGUGAUCAGGGGAUAAGAAAAGUUGACUAAAUUUUCUGUCUUUCAGACCGCAAACAUGUCGGGAGACGAGAUGAUUUUCGACCCCAACAUGACCAAGAAGAAGAAAAAGAAGAAGAAGCCCUUCAUGCUGGAUGAGGAAGGAGGAGAGGGCGUGGGAGGAGAAGAGGCUAAAGAGGUGGAAGUCAAGGAGGCCGAGCCAGAGGUCGGGGAGGACAAGGAGGUGGAUAUAGAUGAAGAUGAAGGCAGGAAAAAAGAACUAUCCGAUGAUUGGAACGACCUGAACUUCUUCAACCAGAAGAAAAAGAAGAAGAAACCGAAGAGGAAUUUUGGGGUGGAGAACGAUAUAGAAGAAGGAUUAAAGGAGCUGAAAAUUGAAGGGGAGGAAACCGAGGCGCCGGAGGAGGACAACCUAGAUUUGAUGCUUCCCAGCAAAAAAAAGAAGUCGAAGAAAGUCGACUUCGACGAGGGAGAGGCUUUGGAAAAAGACGACGCUCUGGAAGACGACGAGAGCAAGAAUAAUGACGGAAUUUCGUUCAUUUCCUCCUCGGGUCCAGCGUGGGCUGGCACGGAAAGAGACUACACGUAUGACGAGCUCCUAAACAGAGUUUUCAACAUCAUGAGGGAGAAAAAUCCUGACAUGGUGGCUGGGGAGAAGAGGAAGUUUGUGAUGAAGCCCCCUCAGGUGGUCCGAGUGGGAACCAAGAAAACGUCCUUUGUCAACUUCACAGAUAUCUGUAAACUGUUGCAUCGUCAGCCUAAACAUCUUCUUGCUUUUCUGCUGGCUGAGCUGGGAACAAGCGGCUCUAUAGAUGGAAAUAACCAACUUGUGAUCAAAGGCAGAUUUCAACAGAAACAGAUAGAAAAUGUGUUGAGAAGAUAUAUCAAGGAAUACGUGACAUGUCACACCUGCCGCUCCCCAGAGACCAUCUUGCAGAAGGACACUCGUCUUUACUUUCUGCAGUGCGAGACGUGCCACUCCCGCUGCUCCGUCGCUAGCAUCAAGACUGGCUUCCAGGCUGUGACGGGCAAGAGGGCGCAGCUCCGCGCCAAAGCCAACUGAAAGGCCAAGAAACCUGGUCCCACUCCCAUCCUCCCUCUUCUAACGACCUCUUUUUCCCUGAAGCUGGGGUCGAGACGCCCUCAUUGAUUUGCUUAAAGAACUCUCUGAAUCGAACUGCGGGAGUUUGGCUGUUGUUUAGUUGUCAUUUGCCUGUACAGGCCGGUGGGAGAGUGAGAGAUGCAUCUAAAAGCAACAGCAAAAGGUUCAGGUGCUGUAAAACAGGUGAUGUUCACCAGGAAACAUCAUUGGGUUGAAUGAAUUUGUUUUGUUGUUUAGCCCACGAAUCCUCUGGCUCUUAGAACUUUUUAUUUUUUCCCCAUUUGCUGUGAUUUCUUUUUGUUCAAGAAAAGCCUGAUUGACCGCAGCUUGAAUUCUUUCUUUUCUCUCCCACUUCAGAGGAAGACGAAAGGUUACAUUUACACCACAGCCAGUCGCAUUGUGUUAAAACUACACAGAGUUUUGAUGUCUUUCUAUAUAUUCUUCGGCCCAUAGCGAGACUGAAAGCCAUUGCAGUUUGUAUUUUGGCCCAAGUCACAAAAUCGUUCAGGUUUCUGUGCAGCUUCCCAAUUUAACAAAUGACCUAAGCGACAGGACUAUAAUUGAUUUAUAGUUUAUGCCAAACUUGUGAAAAUUUGUUUUAAUCUGGCUUCCUAAUGGCUUUACUGUCAAAAGUAAAAAAUUAAAACGUUUUGGGCUCAAAAAAAAAAAAAGAAAUUGUGAUGAACAUGGCUGUUUUGAGGUUGUAACAGAGAAACUAAAACAGUACUUUUGUUGCGUUGAGGAUUUCUAAAGAUUAGAUCUAUGUUUUUAUCAACCUGAUUUGAGCAAUUUGAAAUUAAAAUUUUGAGAAAAAAAAAAGUUGACUGACUUGGGUUUGUAGCAAAAUAAAAAAAUGUCAAGGUUUCUUAUUGCAGCUUGAUAUUUUAAGAAUUGGUUCAUAGUUUUACUCCAUAAUUUAGCCAGAAUAUAAAGUCAGUUUGUGUACUGCAGACCACGUGAUGUUGGUUCUGCUUUUCUAUAAGCCUAAUGUGGAUUAGGUCCGACUAGUCAAUUUAAAGCCGGGUUUUUACAGAAAUAAAAUGUUCUCUCUCUCCUCGUCA